AUGUCGAGCCCAACUGGAGGAACGGGCCGAGCGCGAGCCAACGACGACGACUUCGUUCCUGGACCUCACGACCCCCAGCCUACUACUGCCCCUGACGCCCCCUCUAACCCCACCAAAAAGCCACCCCCAGGCCCCCCGCUGUCCACGUUACCGCUGGUUCUGCCCCCGUCGUUCCCUUCGCGCACGACAGUCCUUGUCCAAUUGGACGACUCCACCAUGGACUUGAGCGGGGACGUUGGUGCCAUCGGUCGAUUCCACGUCCACGACACUAUGUCGCAAGUGUUGCUCGAUCUCAAAGGGGAGCAAUACGUGGGCCAUGUGAUCCCUUGCAAUUCGUACCUUGUGGUGAGCAUGGGGGCCACCGAAGCCAAAGUCGACUGCCUCGUCAACGACGUGUGCCACGCCACCAAGCACCGCAAUGUGCUCAACUUGAUGAAGGGCGUGGUCACGGCAGGAACAUGGAAAGAGGAAGAUGCCCCGGCGCCGCGGCCUCGGUCGUCGUCCAAGAAAACCAAGCGAGUAGUGCGCCAAAAGAUGGCAGUAGCUGCCACGAUCCCAGCCAAAAAAUGA